AAACAAAUCACUUUACAAAUGGGAAGACCUGGAGAAAAGCCCAGAAAUACGUUCUGCAGUCCUACUUCCCGCGUCAAAGUCUUAGGGAAGCGCUGGCUGAUGGAAAGGAGCAACAGCUGUGAUGCGGAGGGUCCACGCAGCCAGGAUGGAAAACAGAAGACAUUCACUAUUGUGUUAGAAAGAGAAAAUGACACCUUGGGAUUCAACAUCAUAGGAGGUCGCCCAAAUCAGACUAAUCAUGAAGAAUCAUCAACUGAAGGAAUUUAUGUUUCAAAAAUUUUAGAAAAUGGACCUGCUGACAAAGUGAAUGGACUGGAGCUUCAUGAUAGAAUCAUUGUGGUGAAUGGGAAGGAUCUCUCAAAGGCCACCCAUGAAGAGGCAGUGGAAGCUUUUCGAAACGCCAAGGAGCCCAUCGUGGUGCAAGUGUUAAGACGAGCGCCUCUCAGUAGACCUCCGUAUGGGACAGUCCCGGAAGUGCAGCUCAUGAACGCCAGCACGCAGACGGACAUCACUUUUGAGCACAUCAUGGCCCUGGCCAAGCUCCGGCCACCCACCCCUCCCGUGCCAGACAUCUGUCCAUUUCUGCUGUCAGACAGCUGCCACUCUCUUCAUCCAAUGGAGCGUGAGUUUUAUGAGGACAACGAGUAUCUCUCCAGCCUGCCUGCUGAUGUGGACAGAACAGAGGACUUUGAGUAUGAGGAGGUGGAGCUGUGUCGGCUUAACAGUCAGGAGAAGUUGGGCCUCACAGUCUGCUACCGGACAGAUGAUGAGGAAGACACUGGCAUUUAUGUCAGCGAGGUGGACCCAAAGAGCAUUGCUGCCAAAGAUGGCCGGAUUCGAGAAGGGGAUCGUAUUCUGCAAAUAAAUGGGGAAGACGUCCAGAAUCGAGAAGAGGCCGUGGCGUUGCUGUCGAGCGAUGAGUGUAAGAGAAUCGUGCUGCUUGUUGCAAGGCCAGAGAUUCAGCUGGAUGAAGGCUGGCUGGAAGAUGAAAGGAAUGAAUUCUUAGAGGAGUUAAACUUGGAGAUGUUGCAAGAACAGCAUAAUGAGGCGAUACAGAACACUGCCAAUGAGGUGACACAGCCAAAAAAGCAAGAAGAAGAAGAAGGCACAACAGAUACAGCAACAUCCUCCUCCAACAACCACGAGAAGGACAGCGGGGUGGGGCGCACAGAUGAAAGCUUGCGAAAUGAGGAGAGCUCAGAGCAGGAGAACGCAGCUGAAGACCCCAGCAGCACAUCUCUGAAGAACAAGAGAGAACUGGCGCAGAGCCAGGACACCCUGGGGAGCGUGGAACUUCAGUGCAAUGAAAGCUUCGUGUCUGGCGAAUACCUUGACUCAGACUGCGUUGGCAACCACGACGAGGAGUGCGAUCGAUUCCGGCAGCUCUUAGAGCUCAAAUGCAAAAUCCGCAACCAUGGAGGGUAUGAUCUGUAUUACUCCAGCAGCACAAUCGAAUGCAACCAAGGGGAGGAAGCAGGAGUAGAGCAUGAGCUACAGCUGCUAAAUGAAGAGCUAAGAAACAUUGAGCUGGAGUGCCAGAACAUUAUGCAAGCUCACAGGCUCCAGAAAGUAACAGACCAAUAUGGGGACAUCUGGGCUUUGCAUGAUGGGGGAUUCCAAAAUUACACCACCAGCCUAGAUGUGCAAAGAGGAAAACUAGAUGACAUUCUGGAACAUCCGGAAAGGUCAGACAAAGACAGCUCUAGUGCUUACAACACAGCGGAAAGCUGCAGAAGUACUCCACUCACAGUGGACCGUUCCCCGGACAGUUCCCUUCCCAGAACGAUCAACCUCACCAACAAGAAAAACUUGCGAAGCACCAUGGCCGUCUGUCAGUCCUCUUCUGGACAGAGCAGCAAAGAGUCAACGUCCACCCAAGCCAAAGCUACCGAACAAGGCUGCAGCACGGAGAGCAAGGAGAAGCUCUUGGAAAGCAGCAAGCUUCCAAACCCUGAGAAGACAGGCAAGGAGCCCAUCCCUUACCUCUCUCCUUACCACAGCUCCUCCUACCGGUGCGCCAACAUCCCAGCCCACGCCAGGCAUUAUCAGAGCUACAUGCAGUUAAUCCAGCAGAAGUCAGCCGUGGAAUACGCGCAGAGCCAGCUCAGUCUGGUGAGUGUGUGCAAGGACCCUCAGAAGGGGCCCGAGCCCAAGAUGGAAUGGAAGGUGAAAAUCCGGAGCGACGGAACCCGCUACAUCACCAAGAGACCCGUGAGAGACCGGAUCCUGAAGGAACGUGCCUUAAAGAUCAAGGAGGAGCGCAGCGGCAUGACCACCGACGAUGACACCAUGAGCGAGAUGAAGAUGGGGCGCUACUGGAGCAGGGAGGAGCGCAAGCAGCACCUGGUGCGCGCCAAGGAGCAGCGCCGAAGGCGCGAGUUCAUGCUGCGCAGCCGGCUGGAGUGCCUGAGGGAGGCGCCGCAGAGCGCUGGGGAGGCCCGGAAGGAGCCCAGCAUCCUGGAGCUGAGCCACAAGAAGAUGAUGAGGAGGAGAAACAGGAAAAUCCUCGACAACUGGAUGACGAUUCAGGAACUGAUGACCCACGGGGCCAAGUCUCCGGACGGCACGAGGGUGCACAGCGCCUUCCUGUCGGUCACCACGGUAUGACCCCGUGGACCCCAGCGACUGCCUUCGAGAGGGUGCUACCAGUUUGGGUAGAGUAUGAUCGCCUCGUUCAAUGUGGCGUUUUUAUAUCUAUUUUGUGACUCUUUAUAGUUUAAAUUUUUUGUAAGCAAAAAUAAC